CAGAGAGGGUGGGGACUGAGAAAGUUUUAUGAAAAUGCUUGAACUCUGACAGAGAAAAGCACACAGAUAGAAAGGCAGAGGGAAAGCUGUUCAAGGCUGUUCUCAGAAGCAAACCACAAACUGGAGAAAGAUUUCCAGUGCCUUUUACCCGAUGCUGCCUGUGUGUUUUUAUGUAAGAGGCAGGAGGAUGGACCUCACAGUGCUCAUGUUGCUACUGGCCAUGCUGCUAUGCUCAUCCUGCUUAAGUGAUCUGAGAGCCAGGGAUCCAGAUGUAGAGGAAAAUGAAAAGGCAGGGCUGGAGAGCAGUUUUAGCACAGCUCACAUUCCAGUAUCUCUUGGAUAUGAGCAUCUCAGCAGAUCUGGACAACUGGAUACUCAGCUGGAGACAUCUCAGAACCCUUUGCCCUUCUUGAGAGAGAGUUCACACCAACCUGCACGCAGAGGAAACUGGUGUGCAUUUGUUCAUCAGCGUUUGGUAAGUGUGGCUGAGCUCAGUGGUGCUGAGGAGCAUACAAUGAAGACAGUGAACCCCUGCAUUAAUGGUGACCCUGACUGCCAAACAUUAAAGCAUCAGCUCUCCUCACAGCCUAUAUACAGACAGAAGCAGAAAACUAUUACUGCACUGCACUGGAAGUGCUGCCCAGGCCAUGAAGGCAACAAUUGUCAGGAGACAGUGAGUCUGACAGGAGAAAGUCAGUCCAGUCAAGACCACACAGAAACAGCUCCAACAGAGGUUGCACAGGCUGAUGACUCUGGCUCUGGCAAUGGUGGAGAUAUUCCUCCUUCUUCUUCUCUGCCUUUCAUGGACUCCAGCAGCCUCUCGUCAUUUCAUCAAAUAUUUGCAGCAGUAAUGACUCAACUUCAGCCAGUGCUGGAUGGCUUUAAUCGUACUUUGGAGAAUUUGUCUAGAGAGGUGGAAGGUUUGUCCAUAGAUCUGAAGAAUCUGAGGCAUGAGCAAGAGAGCAUGUCCAAAACUAGGCAUGCCCAUGAAGAAAACCGUGAGAAAGACUUGGAGGACAACUUUGAACAGAUGCAGCAGAUAUGGUCAGAGUUGGACUCACAACGAAAAGAGAUAGAACAAACAAUCCACUUGAAACAAGAACAUCUGCUUCAUAACAUGACCAAUCUAAAGAACAAAAUUGACCACAAGAUCAACAUGAGUCAUGAGGAAAUACAGGUGAGUUUGCAGUCUCUGAAUAAGUCCAUGGAGGAAAUUCGACUUAAUCAUGGAAGGCUGCAGGAGACAACACAGGGAGAACAUACUCUCUCAACUGAUGCCAGUGAAAGCGAGUCACCACUGGAGACCAGUGUGUGGGAGGCCAUCAGUAAUCUGGACAUGAAAGUGCUGAAUAACACAAUGGAGCUCAAUCCCCUAACUGAAAACUCUAAACAUUUGAUUAAUAUAGUCCAGAAGCUGGACCAUGGCUUAAGGAACUUGAGUCAAAGACUGGAGUAUGUCAGCCACAACACAGAGGUCCAUUUGGCACAGAUUGGGUUUGAAGUAGAGGCAGCUAGAUUGGCUACGCUGAAAACCGUUAAUGAACUAGCUUCUAAUCUCAGUAACCAAGAGAGAGAUUUAAGAGAGAUUCAACUGGAUGUGGACAAUAUUUAUCAGCAUAUCCAAAAUAAUGAGCUUGCCACAGCAGGUGAGAUUUGCAAUUGUAAAGAAAUCAGUGAUUCAUUGGUUAGGUUGGAAUCUGAGGUGGUUAAUGUCACAAAUGUCGCCAAAGAAAACCGGUAUGCCCUGGAGGAUGUCGAAGCAAAGAGGAGGCUUAGCCAGUGGGCCCCAGAAGUUGAAGAUCUCAAUCAAGGCUUGUGGAGUGUGAGAGAAUCACUAGCAUUUGAGCAAGUCAAGAGAAAUACUCUUAAUGACAACCUAACCCAGUUGAAAACCUCCCUCUUGGACAGCCAAAAGGAGAUCACUGGGCUUAAAGGCCAAUUUGUUGCUAAGGAAGCUGAAAUCAGACAUCUCUCUGCAUCAUUCACUUCUUUACUCAAGGAUGCCAUCCGCCACUCUGAAGUUCUUGAGGUGCUUUUAGGAGAUGAGGUCAUGGAGUUCUCAAGCCGGUCCAAAAGCCAACAGAAGGAGAUUGCUAUUCCUGUACUGCUACAGAAAAUGCGUCUGAUGCAGGAAAAGAUUGAUAGUCAUGAGAAUAGCUUGACGUCUCUAACGAAGAUCAGUACAGAGAAACCGCAAAUGAUCAAUGAUGACCCUGUAGCAUUCACAGAGUGGAGUCUCACAAAAGACCUGGGGAGUAAUGCUGAAGAUCCUCUAGAGUCUUUAGCAGACAUUUCCAAAAGGGAGGAUGAUGAGGACUACUCAGUUAGUGACUUCUGGAGCCUUGGGAAGGAAGUGGAGCAGCUCGCUAACAGACUAAGCAUGCUGGAACAGCAACCAUGCAACUGCACUGCUGCCCCUAGUGGUAUUGUAAUGGAACUGCAGAGAGAUGUUAUAACCCUGCAACAAACUCUGGAGGAUCAUAUAAGAACUUUCCAGAAUUUAUUCAGAUAUACAGAAGAGCUGGCUAGCUCCUCUGACAGUGUGAACUUGGACCAGCUGCAGACCAUGAUGAGGACAAGAGAGAGGAAGAGAAAGAAGGGACAAAAUAUGAAGAAAAAGGGAGAGACAAUCAGCAUGCGCAGUAAAAGGCACAUUGGAAAAAAGUAAGACCUCUCCUGCUGGCUAUUAACACAGCAUAUAGGCUAUUGUUAGAUCAUCAAUAAAAUAAAAUCAUUAAGCGGACACUCUGGCUAAAAGACCAAAAACAAUACUACGUAGCUUGUAGACUUUAUCAGUUCAGUCUAGAAUAGUCACGUCAAAUACUGCGAAAACAAGAUGAUGCUUCAUUACACUCAAAAACUAACAGGAGGGCAGGAAAAAUAAGCAGUCCUAUACUGCUGAUGUUAGUUUAAAAAUGGUACACACUCUUUAGGAAAACCCUCUCCAAGGGUUCUUCCCUUCGUAAAAAGGGUUCUACUUGGAAGCAAUCAGUUGUGCAAAAGAACCCUGAAGGUCCCAGGGAGACGACAAAUCAAUCUCUUAACAUGUAGAACCGUGGUGAGAAUCCUCAUGAUUUUAUGAUAGAUUUGCAUAAUGCAAGCUAGGUAUUUGUAGUGACAGAACAUUUAUGCAGCAAUUACACAAAAUUGUGAAUUUUGCAAGUCUGGUGAAAAACUAAUUUGUUCUGCAGAAGACUAUAAAAAGAUGAUCAGUCGCACACACACACAAACACACCGUAUGCUAGUUUAAUGCUAUAAUGCCCUUGUAAUCAAAUUUUACAAGACCACUAGGGCUGGAUGGCAUGAUUUUAUAACAAUAUCGCAUUAUAUUGACAUGAAACGUUGUGGGUAUAAUCAAGUGUUGUUGCUUUUAUAAAUCCAUGGUUGCUUACUUUAAUAAGUAUCGGAUUAGGCAUUAUAUUCUGUUUAUACCAACUGUUCAAGUUCUUUUUGAAAGUGUUACAUUUCUAUUUCUCAUUAGUAUUACAUUUUUUGCCAUAUUGCUCACCAUGCAAAUCAGCUUUUUUUUUAAAUGUAAGUAAAAAUCUUAUAACAGUCCUUUUCAUACUCUAUUUCAUUCAACAUACUUAUAUGGAUAUUGCUCUCCUGAGGUGUUCAACACGAGUGUCCGUCACAAGAAAAGUCCAAGAUGUAGCAAGGUAUUACUAAACCAUGGCAGUGCUUUUCAGGUCAGUAACAGGAUUGUGUUAUGUACCUCACACCUGACGUUAGACUAGGUCAUUUCUGUCCCAAAUGAAGCGCGGCAUAAUUCCUGUGGCAUCCCUCAGACUGGGACAGGGAGGUAAGGUUUCUGAGGCAAGCAUGUCCCAUGAAGCUUGUGAUGGGUGAGGGACUCGCACCGGAGCUUGUGAAGGGAACACUGGUACAAAGGAAGGUUAUGAACAUGACAUAGUAUGGACACAGAGUAAAGACAUGACAGAGACCUAGUAGAAGUAACUAGCUAUCCUUUCACGAAUUAUGCGAAACUGACAAAGAUCACAUUCCAUUAUAUUUUGUUGUACAUGUUUGUAUUCGAGUGCCCUCUUGUGGCCAUUUUUAUAACAGCAAAAACACAGACAGGUCCUGCUGUUCAACCUUGCUGUGACGCUUCAAAGCUUCAAUGACACUUUGUUAAACUGGCCAGUGGAUACCAUGAGGUCAUAACAGACAGGUUAACACAAAAAGUGACUCUUUGAUAGAGUAAUUACUUUCCAGUAAAACAUAGCCAAGAUCGAAUCAAGCAAUAGAGGCAAAGAGCAACGUGUAGCAGUUUUGCCCAAAAACAUUUUAACUUGUCGCCAAUGAGAAAAAAACAAAAACAAAAAAAAACAC